UUAGCCUUGGCUAUGGGCAUCGUUAUCUAUGACCUCAUUGAAACUCUGCAGAGGAACAACCUCACUUUCACCAGCCAAGAAAAUUUCUGGGAAGCAAGAAUCAAAAUGGAUAAACAUAUUUUCUUAUCUUUUUUUCUCACUGGAUUUGGAUAUGCUGUUUCAUUCACAGUUGUCAUAUUUUCUGCUGUUUUCCUUCUCUUUUCUCUCUGGAGACACAAGCGCAGGAUGCAGACAAACUCCAUGAAGGACCUCAGCAUGGAUGCCCACAUCAGAGCCAUGAAAUCUAUCCUCUCCUUCUUAGUCAUGUACAGCAUCAACUUUGUAUGUUUGAUCUUGACAAUAAUUUAUGCCACAAAGAAAGAAAAUAUCAUGACACUCCUCAUAUUGAUGUAUUUGUGUGCUUUUCCAGGUGUUCAUUCCCUUAUUCUGAUUUUCAGCAAUCCCAAGCUGGAAAAGGCACUGCUGAAGAUUCUCUCCUGGGUGAAGUGUGAGUUUUUCAUGAAGUAG